AUGAGCGCCGGAGGGUCGGCCCCCGGGCCCGGCGAGGCCAAGAAGAGGAAGUCCAUCAGCCUGGAGCAGAAGUUCGAGGUGAUCAAGCGUUACGAGAGGAACGAGCGGACCUGCGACAUCAUCAGGGCCACGGGGUUCCCGGGCUCCACGCUGCGCACCAUCCGCGCCAACGCGGAGAAGAUCAAGGAGAGCCGCGCCGCCGCCACGCAGCUGAGCGCCCGGCGGAGCGCCAGGGCCCGGCCGCAGAUCAUCGAGCGCAUGGAGAAGCUCCUGAGCGUCUGGAUGGAGGCCCAGACCAAGAGGCGGGCGGCCAUGGUGUUCCUCACCGUCAAGGAGAAGGCGCUGGCCGUCCACGAGGACCUGCGGGCCGGCCAGCCGCGCGAGGAGGCGCCGCCCUUCAGCGCCAGCAGCGGCUGGUUCGCGGGCUUCAAGAACCGCUACGGGCUGCAGAACGUCAGGCUGACGGGGGAGGCCCCCAGCGCCGACGAGGCCGCGGCCGCCGCCUUCCCCGCCGCGCUGAGGGAGGUGGUGGAGGCCGGGGGCUACUCGCCCAAGCAGAUCUUCAACGUGGACGAGACCGGCCUCUUCUGGAAGAGGCUGCCCGCCCGCACGGCCGUGUCCCGGGAGGAGGCCCGCGGGCCCGGCCUCAGGGCGGCCAGGGACCUGGUGACCAUCAUGCUGGGGGCCAACGUCAGCGGGGACUGCAAGCUGAAGCCCGUGCUGGUCUACCACGCCGCCAGGCCGCAGGCCCUGAGGGGCCUGGUGAAGCACUACUUCCCCGUCCACUUCCGCUCCAGCCGGAGGGGCCGCAUCACGGCGGGCAUCUUCUCCGACUACUUCUCCGGCCCCCUGCACGACGAGCUGCGGGCCUACUGCGAGCGGGAGAACGUGGCCUUCAAGAUCCUCCUGGUGGUCGACCACGCGCCGGCCCACCCGGCCGGCCUGGCGGAGCUGUCGGAGAGCAUCCGGGUGGUCUUCCUGCCCCCCAACACGGCGGCGCUGCUGCAGCCCAUGGACCAGGGCGCCAUCGCCGCCUUCAAGGCCUACUACCUGCUCAGGACGUUGGCCAAGCUGAGCGAGGCGACCGGCGGCGACGGGGGGCCGAGCGUGCGGGACUUCUGGAGGAGCUUCAACAUCCGGAACGCCAUCAACCUCAUCGUCCUGGCCUGGGCGGACGUGCCGCCCUCGUGCCUCAACGGCGCGUGGCGCCGGCUGCUGCCCGGCGCCGUGCCGGACCCCAGGGGGUUCGACGAGCAGGCCGCCCUGCUGAGGAACGUCCGCGCCCAGUGCGUCGUCCUCGCCAAGAAGGUGGGCUUCGAGGAGGUGGAGGACGCCGACGUGGAGGAGCUGCUGGAGGCCCGGCGGGAGGAGCCGUCGACGGAGGAGCUGCUGCAGCUGGUGGAGGAGGCGGAGGCGGGGCGCGACGAAGAGGAGGACGCCGAAGAGGCGCCCCAGCACCGGCUCACCAAGGCCGUCCUGUCGGCUUCGCUGCAGCAGAUCGAGAGGGCCCUGCGCAGGCUGGAGCAGCACGACUGCAACGCCGAGCGGAGCGGCAAGAUCAUCAGGGGGGUGAAGAGCGUGCUGACCCCUUACACGAAACUCCUGCGGGAGAAGAGCUGGCAGGCGGAAGACUGGCCGCUGUUAGCGGAGUCCCUCAAAGUUGAGGAAAACGUUUGCCUGCCGUCAAGCGAGAGUAAAUAUCCGUUUACCAACCCGGAAGAGGUUUAUCGGGUGUCCACGGCGUGA